AUGAGUAGUAAUAGCAACAUUCUAUCCAUUAUAAACCCUCCGCCACCACGUGAUAUCUCCAAUGAAGAAGCGGGAGACUGCUUACCAUGCCAAGUUAUGAGUACCGCUUUCUCAUUGGGGUUUGGUGCGUACCUUCUCAGUGGCAGAGCCUUUGAGUAUAAUGCAAAAGAUCGAGCUAAGGGCAUAUCGCCAGAAACAUUUGCCAAACAAAAUCCAAAGUGGUGGCAGUACUCUGUAAAGGGUAUUGGUGGUUCUUUAAUUAUGUUAGGACUUAUUAGAGGAACGGAAGGCUGGCUUUGGAACAAAAGUAAAGUCUACAAACCAGUAUCCUUUGAAAGUUAG